GCCUGUCGUAGUUGGUACACAGCGAGGGAUAGAUGAAAAACCAACUGCUGACACAGAGAUGGUAGAAAAUCCAUCAGGUUUACCUGCAACAUCUGGACAGGUAUAUGGUCUGCUAAUAGUCAAAUGUAGUUUUCCAUAUGUGUACUCACAUAAAGCUUAAGACGUGUAUGGUAUAUUUGUUUCAGGGAGAAGAACAUGGUGCCGGUCUUGAGAGUGAAGCAAAUGUUGGGGAGCAACCAGAAAUUUCUGAGGAUAAUGAUAGAGAUACAUCUUCUCAGGCUGAACACACCGAGGAACCCGGUGUAAGUGUUGAUGCGGGAGAUGUACCCAAUGUAGUUGCAGAGAGUAAAGUGGAUGACUCAGUACUUGAGGGCACCCUAGGGGAUCCCCCUUCACCAUUUGCAGUAGUUAAGAAUGUGUUACAGGAGUUGGCAACGAAAGCCUCCAUGGAUGUGGAUGCAGCUAAUGUAAAGGAGGUAAAAAUCUCGUGUUUGGUUUAAAAUUAUACACAGUUAUUAACAUACGUACAUAGGAUUGUA